AAGUCUUUACAUUGUACGGCUUAGGUGAAGAUGAGGACACACCUGUCUAGGGUGAAGACCGUCCAAACUGCUGCAGGAUUCCCCGUUAGCGUCUGUUUCUUCUGCUGCGUACCCCGCAGGAUAAAGGCGAACGUUUUCUCGCUUCGGACGACCCAAGAGAGAGGACCCCGGCAUCGCCUUGCAGAUGGCGCCAUUGAAACACCAACAUGGUAUCAGCAGUGUCAAUACAGCUAAGCAUUCCCACGGUCUGGUCCCGCUCACGUUUCACAUGGGGAUGCUCACUCCCUAAAACCUUCUUUACUUGCUGACCUCUGGUACGUUACGGACGUGGCGCAGAAGAAGUAGGUCGAGGACUUGCGACCCCCCGAGACAAGAUAAGGAAGUUAUCUGCAGAACGUGCAAUUGUCUGACCGGUAGACGUUGCUGUGAGUCGGAUGAUAUUGCCGCUGCUGAGCUUUGACUACUGAACAUAGUUCGAGUCCCUUCCCGCCUAUUUUUAGUGCUGGCCCUCGCAACAAUGUCAUGCGUAACUCGACGCCGUCUGUUAAGUCAGAGCUUGUUGAAUGUCAGUUGCCAGAAGCAGAGACCCGGCCAGUCGGCUUCCCGUCCGCUCUCCCGCUGCCAGCCCCCCAUGGAGUCUGAGGAACAACCGAGAGCGUCCUGCAGCCUCCUCGUGCCCGGAUGGGGUUGCCCGGAUGCGGACGAGGACGACAGCGAGGUGGUGAUCGGCAUCCGGCCCAAGUCCUCGCCUCUCCCGCGGAGAAAGAGCUCCGUCUCCGACGAGGACUCGGAACCGGACUCGCCGCCGCCGCCGCUCUCUGGCUCCAGGAGGGUGUCCUUCGCUGAUGCCAAGGGUCUAAGUUUGGUGCAAGUGAAGGAGUUUGAUUUGUGGGACGUGCCCAAGCCGCCGGGAUUCCAGUCCCAAGAAGACGACAAAGCGGUUUCAGAGGACUACUUCCUGUGCCCUCUGACUUUUCACUCCCCGUUGUCUCCUGAGGAUCUGCUGGUGAGGGUCCAGGAGCAGAAAAUAGAGCUGGAGUCCCUGGAGCUGAUCCCAGGAACGAGCACGUUGAAAGGGGUGGUGCGUGUCCUCAACGUGUCCUACCACAAGGCCGUGUACGUGCGGACUACCUUGGACCGCUGGGCCAGCCACUUCGACCUCCUUGCAGAGUACCUCCCCGCCCUUGACGACGACGACAACGCCCACACGGACCGCUUCGCUUUCAAGCUCACCCUGGUGCCGCCGUUCCAGGAGCAGGGGUCCCGCGUCGACUUUUGCCUGAGGUACGAGACCCCCGUGGGGACGUUCUGGGCCAACAACGGCAACAGGAACUAUGCGCUGUUCUGCCAGCAGAGAGUGACGCAGAAAGACAAUACGCAGAAGAAAAGCUGCCUGAAGACCAUCUGUCAAAACUUUGUGGGAAACUCCUCAGACACCCCAUCGCAGGAAACACUGCUAUCAGAUGGGGCGACAGAUGGAGAAAAAGCCGAGGAGGUCAAAGCCGUUCCACUUCCUGACGGUCGGACGGAGGAGGACGGAAAGAAUUUACAGGCUGAGAACCGGAUCAACUGCAGCCGAAGAAAUCGGCGAAAGGCGGCGCGGAUGGCUCGGGUGAAGGACUACUUUUCUCAAAGAGACGGCGGUGAUGUAUCGCCUCCAGAAGACAAAACCACCACCAAAGACGCAAUCUCAGAGGGAAACCCAAAAGAUGCGCAUAAAGAGAACGUAAAAUUAGAAGAUCCAUUCGGUGAUAAGGCAGCGAUUGAACACGACAGGGAAGAGGAAGACUCGGGCGCACCUGUGGACGUCUGUGGGACUUCAUUACCAGGCACAGGCAAUGAAGAACCGAGACACCGCCUCACAUGUGGGACUGCGAUGGUUCCUCUGUACCAGCAGAUGUUUGACAACAGUGACUGGAAACUUCCAGAAAAGACAACUCCUUCCACAGAGGAAGAAGACGCCUCAACAGAACGUGAAGAAUUUCCGAACAACACCAUCGAUGACUCAACACAAGAGUGUUUUGACGCCACAGUGAAGGUUCCUUUCCUAGUGAAAGACACAUGGAAUGAUCCUGAAGUGCUAGUACAUGCUACUGAUGAUCAAAUAAGUAUAAAGAUAAGAGAUGUGUUUGCAGAUUUACUAACAGUCAGGGACGCUUCAGGUGAAACGCCGUCCCAGUUGGAUCACGACCACGAGGAUCAACAGAUGGGUUUGAAGCAGGCAGAAGAGGCCGAAGCUUCAAACCAUUUGGAAGUUACUCAUUACGCCAAAGAACAUGAGAACAUCUUCGCUUCUUGUGCUGUUGGAAGACCUUGUCCCGAGGAACCUCGUGAGGCCGUGCUCGAUUUCCUCAAAGAUAAGGCUGGAGGUAAACAUGUUGAACCCAGCACCAUUCUUGAAGACGAGCCUGGUGUUUUAGACGUGGCUAAGUGUCCAAAGGAAGAGACAUUUAGCUGCGCUGAGAACGUUGAGGUCCAAAACUGGGAAAUGAUGGUAGAGGAGGAAGAAGUGAAUGUGUUCGCAGGUGAAGAGCGGAGCUCUGGAGAACAGAAACAUGACCAGCUGAUAGUAGAAACUGAGGCCGUCACAUCUACUGAGGCGGAGGUGCUUGUGCCGCUCCAGAACCAGAUUACAACUGGCGGAGAGGAGUCUUUGGAGAGCGUUGUUUGGGAAGAUAACAAAGCUGUUUCCAAAGAGUUUGAAGCCAAAAACCUGGAGAAGACAACGUUAGACUCACAGCAAGAUGUUUCUGAGAUGCGAGAUUGCAAAAUGGAGGUUGAGAAGUUGGAAGGGGUCGAUGAUGAGGAUGAGGUGGGUACCGAGGAGCGAGAAAAGGAUCUACACCAUCCAGAGCUCACUGACGUGGCAAAAGGCAAACAGGAUGAAGUCCAGAUGUUGGAGUUUGAUCACAACAAGCUGCAGGAUUCUCUUCUGAAUAAUCUACAGGACAAUGGUGGAUCCAGAGAAGACCUAAAGGAAGUCCAGAUGUUGGAGUGGGAUCAUAGCAGGCUUGAGGAUGCUCUUCUGAAUCAGCUACAGGAGAAUGAUGGAUCCAGAAAAGAUAUAAAUGAAGUCCAGAUGUUGGAGUGUGAUCCUAACAGGCUUGAGGAUGCUCUUCUGAAUCGUCUAGAGGAGGAUGAUGGAUCCAGAAAAGAUCCAAGAGAAGAACUAAAUGAAGUCCAGAUGUUGGAGUUUGACAAUAACAAGCUUGAGGAUACUCUUCUGAAUCCUCUCCAGGAGGAUGAUGGAUCCAGCGAAGACCUAAAGGAAGUCCAGAUGUUAAAGUUUGAUAACAAAAAGCUGGAGGAUUCUCUUCUGAAUAAUCUACAGGACAAUGAUGGAUCCAGAGAAGACAUAAAGGAAGUCCAGAUGUUAAAGUUUGAUCACAACAAGCUUAAGGAUACUCUUAUGAAUUAUCUUCAGGAGGAUGAUGCAUCCAGAGAAGAUUCAAGAGAAGAACUAAAUGAAGUCCAGAUGUCGGAGUUUGACCAUAGCCAGCUUGAGGAUACUCUUCUGAAUCCUCUCCAGGAGGAUGAUGGAUCCAGAGAAGAUCUAAAGGAAGUCGAGAUGUUGGAGAGUGAUCCUAACAGGCUUGAGGAUGCUCUUCUGAAUCGUCUAAAGGAGGACAAUGGAUCCAGAAAAGAUCCAAGAGAAGAACUAAAUGAAGUCCAGAUGUUGGAGUGUGAUCCUAACAGGCUUGAGGAUGCUCUUCUGAAUCGUCUAAAGGAGGACGAUGGAUCCAGAAAAGAUCCAAGAGAAGAACUAAAUGAAGUCCAGAUGUUGGAGUGUGAUCCUAACAGGCUUGAGGAUACUCUUCUGAAUCGUCUAACGGAGGACGAUGGAUCCAGAAAAGAUCCAAGAGAAGAACUAAAUGAAGUCCAGAUGUCGGAGUUUAACCAUAGCAAGCUUGAGGAUACUCUUCUGAAUCAUCUCCAGGAGGAUGAUGGAUCCAGCGAAGAUCUAAAGGAAGUCCAGAUGUUGGAGUUUGAUCAUGGCAAGUGUGAGGGUGCUCUUCUGAAUCAUCUCCAGGAGGAUGAUGGAUCCAGAGAAGAUCCAAGUGAAGAACCAACUGCUAGGACCCUAGAUGAAUCAGAUAGUCAAGAUGAUGGGGGAAAGACUGCGACGCUACAUGGCCAAGAUAUAAACGAGGGACCCGAGAACGACCACACGAGCGACGACAGCGAUUCGGACGACGAGGUGGAGCUGUACAUGCACUGCCUGAGGGCGGUCCAUGCCGGCACGCGGGCCGCCAAAGACCAGAGUGCAGACGCGGCCUUCAACCCGAGUAAGCGGCCUUCUCUGAGCAGCAGCAAGCCGCUGUCCGCACCCAUGCCCUCCAUCAGCGAGGCGGCGGAUGAAGAACAUCUCUGCUUUGAAGACGCACACACAGUGGACGUCCACGCCGAGCCACAGGCGGGCGGAGCUCCGAGCACCAUCAGAAAGGCGUCCUGGUGGCGGGAGACUUCUUGCAGGUGCAUCUCCAAAACGUUGCUGUUUGCCGCCUUGUUAGCGGUGUUUGUAGUCACAGCUUACUAUUACGACUUUCUGGCCUGUUUUGGCCUCUACUUGAUUUCUGUGCUUUGGCUCUUGUGUCAAGAAGAGAAGCAGCCCAUAAAAGACAACACAAUGGGCUGAAUUCAUCCUGAAACACAUUGCUGUGUCUGACACACCAUUUUUUGUUUUUUUGGAGACACUUUUUGUCAUUAAUUAGACCUCCAGGAUAUAUUUAGCCAAAUAGAAACAUGAUGUAUAUCUUCUACUCUUGAACCAUAUGAAAUUGUGAAAAUGUGUAUGAAGGUUAAUUUGUCUUUUUUUUUUAUUAUUAUCAAAGCUUUUUUUGGACUCUGAAUUUAUGUAACUGAAUUUUUGGUGUUUGAAUUUUGUAAAAUAUUUUUUAUUUUAUUUUUUCAAAUUAUGCUGACACUUUCAUUGAAUAGACAUUUUUGGAGCAAAGGUAUUGUGUUUAAAAAUUCAGUUUGUUAAAAUACACCGUAAAAGAAAUUCAGUGCACAAUAAUAUUCUUUGCUUCAAAACUCAAGAAGUUUGCAGUCAUGUGACAGGAUACACAGGGGUCACGUGACUGCAAACUCAACCCCUCAUUGGCCGGUUCUGAGACAGGCUCGAUUGAUUCAGUCUUAAUUUAUCGGAAGUGAGUCUUGAGUUUUGAAGCAACAAACAUUUUUACACUGAAUUUUUUUACACAGCUUUUUCUACACACUUAAUUUUAAAACUCUAUAUUUUUUAUAAACGUAUUUUUUUAAUAACGCACAUUUUAUCCAUCAAACAGUACGGUGUCAAAAAUGACAAAUUUUACGCAAAAAAUUUCAAGCAACAAUUUUUUCUGCUCUGAAUGUUUUACACUCUGAAUUUUAAAACUUGAUUUUUAAAAACACAUUUUAUCCUUAAAAUUGUAAAGUGUCAAAAUGAUAAUAGAUUUUACGCACAUUUUUAAGCAAGGAAUAUUUCCGCAAUUAAUUUUUUUACACUGAAUUUAAAAGCCCUGUAUUGUAAUAUCUGCUUGACUUGUAUUUUACAGCAAGUUAUCAAUCGAAUUGCACAGUGUCAAAAUGGCGUUACAUUUUACGCCAGAAAUUAGAAGCAACAAAUAUUUCCGCCCUGAAUUUUUCUGCACUGAAAUUUUUUACACUGAAUUUUUACACACUGAAUUUUAAAACCCUGCAUUUUGACAAACUGAAUUUUAAAAAACACAUUUUAUCCAUCAAAUUUGUACAGUGUCAAAAUGACAAUACAUUUUGCGUAUUGGCCCUAGUGUGUGAAUGUGAGUGUGAAUGUUGUCUGUCUAUCUGUGUUGGCCCUGCGAUGAGGUGGCGACUUGUCCAGGGUGUACCCCGCCUUCCGCCCGAUUGUAGCUGAGAUAGGCUCCAGCGCCCCCCGCGACCCCAAAGGGAAUAAGCGGUAGAAAAUGGAUGGAUGGAUGGAUUUUGCGUAUAAAAUUUCAAUGAGCAAUUUUUUCUGCACUGAAUUUUUUACGCUAAAUUUUUACACAGUGGAUUUUAAAGCCCUGUAUUUUAAAAUCUGCUUGGCUCAUGAUUUCACAGCAAGUUAUCAAUCAAUUCGGACAGUGUCAAAAUGGCAUAAGAUUUUACGCCAAAAAAUUAGAACCAACAAAUGUUUUCGCACUGAAUUUUUAAAAACACACAUUUUAUCUAUUAGAUUGUACAGUGUCAAAAGGACAAGACAUUUUACGUAAAAAAUUUCAAGCAACAAUUUAUCAAAUUGUACAGUGUCAAAAUGACAAGAAAUUUUACGCAAAAAAAUUUCAAGCAACUAUUUUUUCUGCACUGAAUUUUUUACACAAAGUUUUUAAACACUGAAUUUUAAAACCUGGUAUAUUAUCCCACCCAUCCAUUUUCUACCGCUUGUUUUAACAAACUUGAUUUUUAAAAACAGGAAUAUUUCAGCAUUUUUUUACACGGAAUUUUAAAAGCCUGUAUUUUAAUAUCUGCUUGACUCAGAAUUUCAAAGGAAGUUAUCCAUAAAAUCAAUGCACAGUGUCAAAAUGACAAUAUGUUUUAAGAUUUUUUUUAAAAACCUAAGAAUAUUCCCAUACUUAAUUUUAAAAACCCUAACAAACUGAUUUUUUAAACAUGCGCAUUUUGCUUAUCAUUUUUUAUUCAAUUAGAUUGUCAGCAUAAUCUGAUUUUUUUUUUAAUAACUUCACAAAAUUCAAACACAAAAAUUCUGUGUCCAGAAACAAGCUUUCCUAAUAAAGACACAAAUGAACCUCCAUGAAUGUGUCAAAACAUGCAGCCCUAUUGUGUUGUGUGCUAUUUAUUUCUCUCGACAAACACACAGCAUGGCGGUGCACAUCUUUGUGGGACUGACAAGCACAUAAUUGAAAAACCGACAUGUUUUUUGCAGCGGUAUGGGUGAGAUGUGUCCAUAAGUCAUUGACCAUUUGGCUAAUGAUUAUAAAACUCAGAGGAUAUCAAGUAUUGCAUGUGUGCUUACAUGCCUUCCAAAGAAAAACAACCAAGGGGGCAUUACGGUCAGUGUAAGUUUUGGUCAUUUAAUUUUCGUUUCAUGAAUAGAAAUUGAA